UCUAUGUUGGGCUGGUGCUUUUUGUUUUUAAAUAUUGGGCCUUGGCUCUUAAAAGAAAUAUCCAUACAAUCUAUGUUGGGCCAAGCCCACGUAGUGCGUGUAAUUAACCGCAAAUCUGAAACAAAAUUUAUUUACUGCCUCAAAAUUUCCCUCCAAACUUCAAAUCUCCCUCCGAGCCAUCACUAUAAACCCUAUUCUGCAACCAGCUUCCGAGAUUCCUUUCCUCUCUGAUUACUGAUUUCUCAUUCAUUUCAAAGCUAAAAAAUGUCGGAUCAAGAAGACUUGGAUCUCCUCCUUUCACUCGAAGAUAGGGUUUUGGAAACCCCUCCGGCAUCUCCCUCAUCCCACUCUCCAGAUUACCUAUCGGAUGAUGAGCGACCUAAGCGAGUUGGGCAGACAGACAUGUCUGUCUUUCGAGUUGAGCGACCUAAGAAGGCUCUCAAAUCUAAACCCAAUAUUUCCAAGGCAUCAAAUGAUUCGGAGGUGGAAAAGUUUUCGGGUUUACGGAUUCGGAAUCAAUUAGUCUCACCGCUUGAGCUGAGCAACCGCUUUUCUGAUAUCUGAUUUGUUCGAUUACCAGCAAUAAAGAAUUUGCUAUCAGGAUAUACCCUCUCAGGGCUGUUGGGGUCUUAACUGAGACGGGACAACCGAGGACUAGCUCUACUGGAAAGCCCUAUGCAAUUUGGAAAAUGGGAUGCUUGAAAGAAAAUACUGUUUCAGUAUUUUUGUUUGGCGAUGCUUAUCAGAGGAAUAGCAAUGAGAAGGCUGGGGCUGUGUUUGCCCUUUUCAAUUGCGGUGUCCGCAAUGAUAAUUCGGUGCCAUUAUUAAACUUUUUUUUUCAUUGUUUUUAUUAAGGGAUAACUAGUAAAAACUCUAACUUUAUGUUUCUUAUAUAGGAGAAUGGGUUUUCGUUGAGUGUAUAUUCUGCAAGUAACAUCUUAAAGAUCGGCACUUCUGUCGAUUAUGGAGUUUGCAAGGGGAAAAGGAAAGAUGGAAUGGCUUGCACACUAGUCAUUAAUAA